AUGGAGCUGCUGCACAAGGCCUGGGACUUCUUUGCCCAACACGAGAGUGUGACGGGCUACAGCCUCCUGGGGCUGCUGACUGUGGGAGGGGAGAUCCUGUUCUCCUUGUCGGCAUUCCAGUGUCCCUGUGGUGACAGGAGCUUCACUUAUGGGCUAGUGUACCUCCUGGCCCCGGCCCUGGCCCUGUUGUUUCUGGGCUACAUCCUCAACGGCCAGACGUGGAAGCUCUUCACGGGUAUCUGGCUGAACCCACGGAAAGUCUUCCCACCCGAGAAGCGCUGCCAUUUCUUUUACAUCCUCGGGAAGAUCUCCCUGCAGGUGUGCAUCGCCCCAGUGAUGUGGAUGUCCGUGGCCCUGCUCAACGGCCAGUUCUACGUCUGUGCUGUGAGUGGCUCGCCUGCAUCCUGGCGCCGGGCUGGGCUGUGUGCCCAUGUGUCCGGCCCGUGCCUGGAGGAGCUGCCGCGGGUGGCCUGCAACCAAACCGUCCUGCCCCCAGCCCAGGCUGAGGACAUCGUCAGGAAGCUGCGGGCAGAAUCGCAGAUCAUCGGCUGGAGCUUCAUCUCAUCCACCAUGUUCAUCUCGCUGCUGGCCACCUGCUAUGGCCACUGCCGGUCCAACAUGAGCCAUGUCCAGAUGAAGUUCUGGAAAAUCUACCAGGAUGAGGAAGUGGCCCAGCUGGACAAGAAGUUCAAGGACUACGCCGCCCGGAUGAGUGCGAGGAACCUGGCUGAAUUCUUCAAGGAGGAGAUUCCUGAGUCCUUCGCCCUGCCCAGUUUCCAGGAUUGGGAAGACGCCUCGGUGGUGGACUCCUUCAGCGUGAGUGAGGAGAUUCUGAGCAGUCUCCAUAAGAUGGUGGAGAGAGACAAGAAGGGCAGCAGCCCCAUUACAGGAGCAGCAGGAAACCUGACUCAAGCUAAGCAGCAGCCUGACCCUGCCCAAACACUCUGUCAGCUAGAGGAGAGCUGA